GGCGGACCUGCGUGACUAGCGCUCGGAGCGGCAGCGGUCUGAACUAACGCCAAAAGUCUUUUCUUGUUCUUGGUGUGUUGGGUUAAAGAUAGUUUUAUUCGUAGCCAGUCUCUUGGGCACUCUUGCGGUCAUUAAAUGACAUACAGGAACCGCCGGCUACCUAGUCCGCAACAUUCUUGGGUUGCUACGGCCAAGUAGGCCUAACCCAUUACAGAAAAAAGAUCCCCGAGAGGCUUAACCCAACUAACACGAAUACUUGCGAAUACUCAUCAACUCAUCCUCCGCAAUGGCUAAAACAUACGACUAUUUAUUUAAGUUACUGCUUAUCGGCGAUUCUGGUGUUGGAAAGACUUGCGUCCUUUUCAGGUUCUCCGAGGACGCCUUCAAUACUUCAUUUAUAUCAACAAUUGGUAUAGACUUUAAAAUCAGGACAAUAGAAUUGGAUGGAAAGAAGAUAAAGCUUCAAAUAUGGGACACAGCUGGUCAAGAAAGAUUCCGCACCAUCACAACUGCUUACUAUCGAGGAGCCAUGGGAAUCAUGCUAGUGUAUGAUAUUACAAAUGAAAAAAGUUUUGAAAAUAUCAAAAACUGGAUCAGGAACAUCGAAGAAAAUGCAUCAGCAGAUGUAGAAAAAAUGUUGUUGGGAAACAAGUGUGAACUAAGUGAGAAACGACAGGUUUCAAGAGAAAGAGGUGAAGCACUAGCAAUAGAGUACGGUAUCAAGUUUAUGGAAACUAGUGCAAAAGCAUCAAUCAAUGUGGAAGAAGCGUUUUACACUUUAGCAAGAGAUAUUAAGGCUAAAACUGAGAAGAAAUUGAAGGAGGCAAGCAACCCCCCCAAAGGAGGCCAUCAACUGAAACCUGCUGAGCCGCAGCGAAAGCCUACGAAUUGGUUGUCACGUUGUUCUUUACUAUGACGUCUCUACUGGUGCUUUCAUUCGCUCAAUUUAAUGUCUGAUUUUGCUAGCCGUUUUCUAUGGAUUUGUUCGAAUUUUUUUCCCCAUUUUUAUGGUAGGAAAAAAAUCCAAACAAUAUUCCUAAAGACCUGAGCACAGAGGUACUUUCAUUUGUAAGCAAACAUUUUGGAAAGAAAAAUAUCUUCAAACUUUGGUCUCCCGUCAAAUAUUUCUGCUUGCUUUCAACUAACAGCUGGGAUCUCAAUUAUUGACUAAUUUACACCCUAUAUUUCUUUUUGGUUCUGAUGUAUAUUCGUUUAAUAAUAAUACAAAAAAGGAGUAAUGGUAAAAUGAAAGUGUGCUGACUGUUUUAACUUUCCUCAUUCUCAGAUUGUAUUUUGUCACUUCUUUUAUAAAUCUUUAAAGUGGAGAGACUGUUUUCCUACCUGGAGAUACAAACGAUUGUUGCAUACUUUAGUCAUAAGUGCUACUUAAUCUUGUCUUUCACGUUGGAAUCCAGUUAAAUUUACAAUUUCUUAUCAGUUCUUACUGAACAUAAAUUUAUAUAGUACUAUUUACUUCUGGAUGGACCUUGGUGCUGUUCUGUCUUUCAAGAUUGUGGAAUUGGUUCAAAUCUUUUUAUCAUUUACACUUGCCAAUGUUUUGGAACAAUGGAUUUUAACUAUCCCCACUCCACAGUGUUUAUUUUCGUUUCUCUUUUGUUUAAUUAAAAUCAGUUUGAUACUGUACUUUUACUCAUUAUUUAUGGAGGUGGUUUUGAAGAAUAAUGUUGCUUCAUUUUUGGGAACAAUGGUCUAUCAAUUUCGUUCAGUUCAGAGGAUGGUUUUCAUCCCUGAAUGCAUAUUUGCACAAGACUUUAGUAUGAUUAUGAUACCUGUCGUAUAUUGACUUGCGUGAUAAACCAGGUCAGCCCAACAGAGAUAGGGGCUGUCAGACUUCUGUUUAGGGGAUACUCAUUUCUUUAUGUUUUUCAUUUUCAUUUUUUUUUCCUUUGCUUUCUAGUGCACUGUUAUAUUGAUUUAAAAAUUGCUGUGAAUGUUUAAAAGCAGUGGUAGAUGGCUUGUUUAUUUAUGCAUGUUGUUUAUGUGUUAAGGAUUACUUUUCUUCCCACUUCCCAUCCCCCCCUCUUUUUUUUUCUUUUCGACGUGCUGAGGCAUGUGAUUUCACAAUCAAUAUGCCUUAAAAUAUGAUUGGAAGCAUAGUUUUAGUGAAUGUAUGUUUGUAAUUGCUAAGCCAUGACAUUGUUGUUUAAAGCUUUGCUGUGUCACUUGUUCUGCAAAUGACAGGGUUCACAUUUACUAAUUGGCUUUCUGUCAUCCCUCUUUCGCUAUUAUCUUUUCACCAUUUUUGUGGCUCUAAAACACGCCUGAUGUGACUUGUGGUUAAUAUAAUUGUUUCUAAUAUUACCUGAAAUCUGACUUAUAAUGUGUACCUGUUUGUUGUAUUUGCAAUAUUCAGGAGCCAAACACGUCUGAAAUAAGGCCUAGUGUUUCAAGUGUGACUUUACACCAGUAUCUUCGUUUAUUUUGCCAAAAUUUCUGUUAAUGUUUCUCUUAUAUUUUAUGUUGAAAAUCCUUUGAGAUAAUACCUCAUAUUGAUAUUAUGACUCAAGUGAUAAGUGCCUGUCAUCCUGCUUGCCAGCGUAAUGAAAAGGCAUCUAAGUCUGGAUUGAUAAGUUGAAAUUUUGCACAGGUCAUAUAUUGUGUUUUUAAUAAAAUUUAUGGUGUGCUUGUACAAUUUGUAAAGUUAUUAAUUUUAAUAUUUCUGUAAGAAACUCAAAGUUCUUGC